AUGGCAGGAAACCAGCGUCAAGGGAAUUCUGGUAGCAAUUAUCUCACGCUUGACUGGCUACUUAUGAAACCCCUCCGAAGGGAAAAGCAGUUCAAAUUCUGUGGACACUCUCUAAACAUCAGUCAACACUACGGCAACAAUUUGGAGUUCUCUGCUUCUAUCUGGGAAGCCGCUCUGGUUCUUUGCCAGUACUUUGAACGGGAGAAGAUCAACUUUUCUGGGAAGAAGGUGAUCGAACUGGGGGCUGGCACUGGAAUCGUGGGGAUCCUCGCUGCCCUACUUGGUGGGGAUGUUACAAUCACAGACCAAGAGAACGCAUUGAGCCAAAUAGAGCAUAAUGUCUCUGUCAAUAUCCCCUCCGACUUCAGAUAUCGGACAAAAGUCUGCGCGCUAUCCUGGGGCAAGAAUCACUUAGAGUUUCCAUCUGACUAUGACUAUAUCCUGGGCUCGGAUAUAGUGUAUAUCUCCCUCACCUACCCCUUGUUAUUAAAGACUUUGCUACACUUAUCCAAAGGGCCAACUAUCAUCUACCUCUCAACGAAGUUACGGAAAGGAAAUCACUCCAUCUAUUUCCACGAGGAGCUUUUGCCUCGGUACUACAACUGCCAACUUGUUCACACGGUCGAGGACAAGGUAAUCAACGUGUACAAGAUUAGCGCUCUGAAUUCAACGGCCAGCGAUGAUGUGUCCGCGGAGACUCGAGGAGUUUCCAGUGAGAAGACAUUUGAGCCAUUGUAA